UGCGCAAAGGGGGCGGCGCACCGCGCAUGCGGGAACAUGGCGGGCCUGACAUCUUGAACAGUAGUGGGUCACCUUCCUUUCCUCCCUUCUGUGUUAGCGACGCUGAAGUUCGUGGGGGUAGUGACGCUCCUGUGUGUAGGGCGGCCUAGACAGGCGGCGCCUCGGAGGAGUCGCAGGAUCUGGUUCGCGCUGAGCCCCCGGAAAGCCGUGUGUUGGAGGCGUAGCUCGAUCAGAGCGGGAGAAGGCGGGAGAGUGCGCAGGGUGCGAGGGGCGAAUGGCUGCUCGGCUCGGCAGCAUGAGUCAGCAGCGGGCACCGAGGAAAUUGCCCAGCCUCCUCGUGAACCCGGCGGAGGAGACCAUUCGCCGCCGCUGCCGAGACCCGAUUAACGUGGAGGGCCUUUUGCCGUCAAAAAUAAGGAUUAAUUUAGAAGAUAACGUACAAUAUGUGUCCAUGAGAAAAGCUCUAAAAGUGAAGCGGCCUCGUUUUGAUGUGUCCCUGGUUUACUUAACUCGAAAAUUUAUGGAUCUGGUCCGAUCUGCUCCUGGGGGUAUUCUCGACUUAAACAAAGUUGCGACCAAGCUGGGAGUAAGAAAACGGAGAGUGUAUGACAUCACCAACGUCUUAGAUGGAAUUGACCUAGUUGAAAAGAAAUCUAAGAACCAUAUUCGGUGGAUAGGAUCUGAUCUUAGUGAUUUUGGAGCAAUACCCCAGCAAAAGAAGCUGCAGGAGGAACUUUCUGACUUAUCAGCAAUGGAAGAUGCUUUGGAUGAAUUAAUCAAGGAUUGUGCUCAGCAGUUGUUUGAAUUAACAGACGACAAAGAAAAUGAAAGACUAGCAUACGUGACGUAUCAAGAUAUUCAUAGCAUUCAAGCCUUCCACGAACAGAUCGUUAUUGCAGUUAAAGCUCCCGCAGAAACCAGACUGGAUGUUCCAGCUCCCAGAGAAGACUCUAUCACAGUACACAUAAGGAGCACCAAAGGGCCUAUUGAUGUUUAUUUAUGUGAAGUAGAACAGGAAAAUACAAGUAACAAAGUGUCUGAAGACGUAGGGACCUCUUCCUCUAAAAGCAAGCCUCCAGAACACCCUGAGAAAGCAGAAGAAAAUCCUCCUCAGCAGUGAAGAGCUGCUUGAAGUAAGCAACUGACUACCUAUAGCAUUUGAGAAUUCGUGUACUAAGUUCUUUUGGAAGAUCCGGUGUGGAAGAAUGGCGCAUCAGAUUUGAUUCUCAGCAAUAAUCAUCUGUGAACUUCUCGUGCCCAGUUAGGAGCAGCACUGCGGCCAGUAGGAUCUUCUUCCUCAUCAGUAGCAUUAAGGCCAGUAAUCUCUUUAAGCAGUUCACUGCUUGAAUUUCUGGAUAAUUAUGGUUUAAGCAUUUGAAAAUAACUCUUAUUAUAAUUAUGCACUGCUUUUUGCCCGUGAGACAGACACCUUGCCUACUGAAAUAACUUCAUCACAAAGGGUGUCACUGAGACAGAUGAUCAGGACUGAAAUGUACGGUUCGUCGCGGAUGCUCCCCUUUCCUUCAAAGAUCGUGUGUCAUAAAUCACAAAAGAAAUUGCCUUACACAGGUUCACAUUUGCAUUUAAAUGUUGUAAAUUGGAUAAGUAUAGACAAAUGAAUCUGAAUGUGAUGUCUUUGUAUAUAUCUGUAUAAUGUUAGAUUACUUAUCAGAAAUGUCUAAGUGAAGCUUUUCACCAUUGUACAGCCAAAACAAUGUAUAUAUGGAAAGUAACUGACAAAGCCUCUAAUUUCUGUGGUGUUUAUAACUUAUUAGAAUCCUCUGAAUGAGGGUUAGAAGAUUUUUUUUUUCAAACUUCUAUAUGUAGAAGUAUCAAAAAUGUGCUAUACAUUUAAAAUUCAUGGAUUUAAUUAAAGUAUUUUAAUAUGGUUUCCAGUGCCAAAAUUGGAGCCUGAUACUUCUUAAUAUCAACCUACCUACAGGAUUAUUGUAUCCCAUUAGACUGAUGGCACACUCUAAGGCUCAGUGACCAAGUAUAGGCUGUUAGGUGAUGGCUUAACUCAUUGCGAGAUAUCAAUUCAACGGUGGUGAAAAUUGGAACCUAUUUUAAAGCUCUUUGUAAGCAGAUUUUGUAAUAUGUUUCUGUAAGUCUGCAACCUUGCUCUUCAGUCAGUGGUUUUACUUAUAAUAAGUUGUACCCUGCCCUGUCUCCACUACAGCCCCACAUUUCCAAGUACCUAGCCAUUUCUACCUCACUGGGUAAUCAUUUACCUCUCUCUGUGCCUCAAUUAACUCAGUAGUUUGCCAUUAGACUGUGAGCUCCUUGAGUGACUUUGUCUUAUUCUUUGUUAUAUUCCAGCACCUUGUACCAUGCCUGGCACAUUAAUGCUGCCAAAUAAAUGUUUGAACAAAUCAGUGAGUGAGUGAGUGAAUUAUAAAAUUAGACUGAUAAUAUACUUGGCUUGUCUGUCAUACACGAUUCUUGUGAGCAUCAAUCAAAUUCACAUUUUAAACCUUUUAUGCUUUCAAAGAAAGAUUUGAUUCAAUUUGAGAUCAAGACUGUAUAAUAAGACUUAAGAAUCAAAAACCGAAGUACUGAAAAAUAACACUGCUGAUAAAAUCUGGGUUCUUGGAAUUUCCUUAAGCUUGCUUUUUCUAAGUUGUGAUGUGAUUAAGUUAGCUAUCCAUUAAACCCAUUGCCAUCGAGUCAAUUCCGACUCAUAGCGACCCUAUAUGACAGAGUAGAACUGCCCCAUAGGGUUUCCACAGAGCACCUGGUGGAUUCAGACUGUUGACCUUUUGGUUAGCAGGCGUAGCACUUAACCACUACACCACCACGGCUUCCUCAAUUAGCUAAGAUGUGUAUAUAUCGAGAGUUUAGGACUCACAUACCUCUGAGCUGCAGCGGCUUUUGCCAGCCUUAUCCCACAGCUCAGCACCAACCUCCUCUCUCCCAACAGUCUCUGCUGGCUCAUUGCUCCAUCCUAGGACUGCGGAUUUUGCUCCUCCCUCUCAGUGGUUGCCCUCAAGCCUUUUUCCCCCCAUUCUUUGUUUUAUACCAAAAAAAAAAAAUUUUUUUUUUUUUUUUUGGUUUUAUACAAGCAAAAAAUUAUUUGAACUGAGCCAAAGAGAAGCUACGGGGACCACUAUUUGAUCACUGUUGGACUGACUACAUGGUGGUAUGGUUUAACAAAAUAGCGGAUACAGGAGAAACGGCAAGGUUUGGGUAAAAAUUGUUUGGACAUGUUUGAUGAGUGAGAGUUUAGGCAAGCGGUAUGUAUGAGUAGGUCAGCCGUUCAAUGCAGAGAUCUGAGCUCUGCACAGUAGAUUUGGCCGUCAGUUAAAAUGUUAUGAUUAAAACCGUGAGAGUGGAUGAGACCACCUAAUAAGAGGGUGGAGCAGGACAAAAGGAGAGAACUUCUCUAUUUAACAAGGAACACAGAGGAAAAAAACCUUUAGCCCCAAGAAGGAGUAAUGAGAGGAGAACGUAGUGUCCCAGAAACCAAUAAAGAAGCAUUUCCAAAGAUGAAAGUGUCAUUUCUGAGCCACAGUUUCUUACUUGUGAGAUGUGACAAUUGUUCUGGGAGUCAAAUGGGAUGAUGUAAGCAAAAGUCCUUUGUAGCCUGUAGAUGUGUUGGACAAAUUAAGUCUUUCUCCGCCCUUGUCACUCCACAUUCAGGUGUUUGGUCUCUGCUUUUUAGAACUGCUAAAGUAAGCACCUCCUGAACCAUCUUCCAGGCUCAUCCUCCCCACCCUAUCCUGAACAUCAUUGUGCUAUCUGUCUGUAUAUACACUACCACUUUCUUCCAUGUCACAAAGCCCUGUUGAGAAAAUUUGAAUAUUUCUAUAUUUCCUUUAGGCUGAAGUCCAAACUGUGAUAUGAGGCCUCCAGGCUAGCCCCAACCUAACUUUCCAAACUGUCUUGCUACUUGCUUUGCAAGCCGUCAGCCCAGAGCAGAUUCGCCCAUGCCUGAGGCACAUGUUGUACUUUGCCUUCUCUGUGCCUCUGCUGUUACCAUUCUUCUGCCUGGAAUUGUCGCCCUCUUCCCUGUUUUUCGAAAUCAUACCUCCAUUCUGGACCUGGCUUAACCAGGCCUGGCCUAUACCCUUCCCUUCACUUUACCCCCAUCAGGUAUACAAUCUAAAACCUGUUGCCAUCAAGUCAGUUCCAACUCACAGUGACCCUACAGGACACAGUAGAACUGCCCCACAGAGUUUCCAAGGAAUGCCUAGUGGAUUCAAACAGCCAACCUUUUGGUUAGCAGCUAUAGCUCUUAACCACUACGUCACCAGGAUUUCCAAAUAGGGUCUAUACGGGGCAUUGGUGCUCAUCUUCCUCUUAUUUUGCCAUUGUUUUUCCCAGCUGCCAUUCCAUGCUGUCAGAGAGUAGAGAUCAUAAGUAACAUGUUUCUAUCUCCUACGUUUAGAUAGUGUUCAAAAAACUGGUUUUCCAAAACACAAACCAACCAACAAAAUUAAGCUGAAUUUACACUGGAAGAAAAAAAUUAUUACUCUGUACCAAUUUUGCAUUUUGUUAAAAAGUUACAGCACAUCUGACUUAAUUGUCCCUUAUCUCAGCAGAAGAUGAACAUCAUCGCGCCCUGAGUAUGCCGUUGUAAAGAAGGGGGCUUUAAACUUGAGGCAAGGUGACCCCUUUUGUCUCUUUCUUUUGACCCCUCUUAGGUAGCAGGUAUCAGCUUAGCAGAUGCAUGUAUUGAUUUGCAUCAAGUUGGAUACCCGGCAUUGCACAAGUGAUCAAUAGUACUGCUGCAGCCUUGGAGGGCCUUAAGGCGGAGCCAGCGUUUCUCUUUUGUACAGGAGUGAUAAAGAAGCUGUGUCUCAAAACCUCAGGACUCUGCCACUUAUCCAUCAUAAUUAAAAAUGAAUAUAAGAAGAAAACCACCUAAGUGAUUAAAAGCAAUUCAUUCUACCACAGUAUUUCCGAGUUGGUGCUUUAAUUCUGCUAUUAACUAUUGGGUUAUCCAGCUCACAGUGGCCAGGCUCAGCCAUGCCAGGUGUUGCUGAGAAUUAAGGCAGUGCCUUCUCCUGGGUUCUAUCUUUGGCUCCUGUAGCUUUUCUGACCACUAAAGGCAGAUUUGGCAGCCUGCUUGGCCUUGGGCCUCACUGUCACUCUGGUCAGGUGGGGGGCUGGAGCGAUGUUCAGGGCUUUUAGCCUGGCUGGCCUUUAAAGGACAGUAGGUGGGGGCUAAGAGGAGGAAGACAAAUCCCCUCAGAGAAGGGAGAGAAAGGAGCAGAAAAUGAAAGGGAAGAAGGAGCCAGGGUGAAAGAAGAAAGAGGGAAGGAUGUGAAGGAGGGGUGGAAAGAGAAGAGAGGAAGAGAGUGAUGAUGUGGGCUGGGGGAUGGGAGUAAGAGGGGUAGCCUGCAGCCAGAGAAGAGGGCCAACUCGGUGUGUCCACUCCCCCAGACCAGAGGCCCCCAAAGCAUCACUAGCGUCAGUGUGGAGGCUGGCUGUGAGAUGCCUAGUGGUGAAGGGUUGCAAUUAAUUUUAAGAAACUUCUUUUAAAGCCUUGGUGUAGUAUCAAGGAAGAAUAUCCUCAAGUAUCUGGAGAGGCUGUUAAAAAUACUUUCUGUUUCCAACUACUUAAUUGUGUGGGGUUAGAUUUUUCUCCUGUACUUCAACCAAAACAACGUAUCAACAGAAUGAAUGCAGAAGCAGAUAGAAGAAUCUGUCUUCUAUGAGGCCAGACAUUAAAGAGAUUUGCAAAAACGUAAAAUAAUGCCACUCCUGAUGUAAUUGUUUUUGUUUUAGAAAAUAGAGUAUUUUUCAUAAAAAUAUGUUGAUACAUAAUGCACUUACUAUUGCUGAAUCAAUAAAUGAUUUUUUAAUUUUCUGUUUGAAUUUCCUGUUCUAUAACUAUCACUUGCUACAGUCUGUAGAUGGACAAACGCUCUUUGGGGUCCUCAGUAACUUUUAGAGUAUAAAGAAGUCCAGAGACAAAAGAGUUUGAGAACUGCUACCCUAGCUUAUUCUACUCAAGGGCUGGGAACUUUGGGGCAUCCCUCAUUUUCUUGAGAGCUGAAGUGUUUGUAGGUCUUGACCCCAAGAGAUAUUUUGCUGUGUAUAUUCUCCACAACACCACCACCAACAACAAAAAAUACAAGAGGGCUUCUAGAACCCCAGCCAUUAUGCCUACAUACUUGCCAGCCAGAAGGAAGAAGAAAGAGAAGAAGGGUACACUCUGCCCUGCAAGGUGUACACUUCACUGGGACAUCCACUGGCCACAUCUUACCCACUUGGACUUGGAAAUGUAAUUUGGGGUGGGAGGGGCAGCCAUGUGCCCAGAUAACAUUCAGGAGUUCUGUUACUAUUGGAGAAGGAAAGGAUACAGGGUGGGGUAGACAUUCCUAGUGUUCACCAAUAUCUGAUUCUCCCCUUGUGGGCACCUUAGUGAAACCAUGUGACUAGUUCUAGCCAGUCGGCUAUAAUGGGAAGUGAUGCAUGGGGAAAAGACCAUGGCAUUUCUCCAUCCCCUCCUUCCUGCCUCAGCCACCAAAAAAGCCACAGGUUUCAGAUGGUGAAGCUACAAGAUACUGGAGCCCUCAUCAACCUGAAUCCCUGGAGACCAUGGAAGAGAGGCUCUGCCAAUUUGCAUGCAAUAUAUGAUAUGUGUCGAAUCGUUGAGAUUGUGGAGUUGAUUUGUUAAACUACAGAAUAACCAAUACGUUUGGGGACAACUAGCAAUCUCAGCCAUAGGUCAAUAGGUGAAAGAAUGAUACAAUCAAAAUAGUCACACACCAAACCAGUGUCAUAAAUAGCUUUGGCACACUCUAAAUUGCUGUCAGUUGCUAUGACCAGAAAGUUGAAAUAUUGAUCACUUGAUAAAAAUUGACUCCUUGUGAAUCCAUUUGUUGACUACUAGUGGAAUGAGGAAGUCUCUGGGUGGUGCAAAUAGUUAACAUGCUCACCUGCUAAACAAAAGGUUGAAGGUUCAAGUCCACCCAGAGGCACCUUGAAGGAAAGGCCUGGAGAUGUCCUUAUGUAAAUCAGCAAUUGAAAACCCUGUGGAGUACAGUUCUACGCUGAUACACAUGGAGUCGCCAUGAGCUGGACUCAAUGAUAACUGGUUUAUUGUAAGGGGAGUCUAAUACAAAUUUAUGUAAUGAUUGCCAUCUAGUGGAGAAUUUACAGAUAUUAUUCAGAUUUAUUUACUUGCUUUUAAUUAAGCAAGAUACUGCUGGCAAAUGGCAUUGACUUUAUAAAACAGUGUCCAGAUCUCAUUCUUGUUGAUAAAGUGAAUUUAUGCUAACUUUAACAUACAAGAUCUAAAUGGCACAACUUGGGAAUUAAAAAGUUAUAGCCGAUAAGAAUUCAGCAAAAAUGGAAUAUUCCUCAGUAGAGAAAUGAAAUCUCGAUACAUGCUACAGUAUGGAUGGAGCUUGAAGACAUUAUGCUGAGUGAAAUGAGCCAAUCACAACACGACAAAUACUGUAAGACCUCACUUAUAUAAAAAGAGAAGAAAAAGGAAAUGUAGAGACUGAAGUUUUUUA